AUGUCGAACGAAGAAUCGCACGAGGCUACAACAACAGGCCAAAAGCUGGUUCUGUUCAAGAGUCCUCUCAUAGGAAGAUCCGACUCGGGUAGUAGUGACAAUGGUCUUCCCGUCAAGCAGCCUACGGCUCCUGACAUGAGCCUGUUUGGCAAUCGAUACGACGAUGAUUGUCCACAAUUUCAAAAGCACGAGGAUGCUAGUUUACUCGAGCUUUUCUACGAUCUCUUCUUCGCCGCCAACUACACUGUCUUCAGCGAAACUCAGGGUGUCAACAGUGCCGACCGCUUCAAGGCCUAUGUCGGCUACUUUACUGUCCUUUGGAUCACCUGGCUAACGACGGGUCUAUACGAUGUUCGAUUUGUUACGGACAGCAUCUUUGAACGGGUUGCUCGAGGUAUUCAUCUUGGAGUCAUGGUUGGCUUUGCAGUGGUCGCUCCCAAGUUCAAACCCGAAGCCCAAGACAUGAGAACAAUGAGGACAUUCUCCAUCAUCCUCACAGUAUCCCGCCUUGCUCUAGCUAUUGAAUACGCAAGCAUCCUCUGGCACAUCCGAAAAUUCAAGAAACAAGCCCUCCCAAUGCUUCUCCAGAUCGGACUCAACUUCGUCCUCGCUAUGAUCUAUCUCGGUACCACAUUCCGCUUUACGAACCACAACAGUAACGUCUACAUCACUUGGUAUGUCCUAGCUGGUGUCGAGGUUGUUCUUACCUUUGUCUUGGCAUACAUUUUUCCUGUUCUCAGCUUCCAGGGAACACACUUGAUGAAGCGUAUGGGUCUUUUGACUGUAAUUAUCGUCGGCGAUGGGAUUAUCACUAUCUGUAAGAGUGUUGUCACUAUUGUUGAGAACCCUGAUUCGUGGAAUGCUGAGACUGUUGGUGUUGUCUUCGCUUCUGCAACUACAAUCUACGUCGUCUUCCUCGUCUACUUCGACUGGAUGAAGAACCCCUACCUCCCCAAAUUCCGCCAACAACUCUGGACGAUCAUUCACUAUCCCCUCCAUCUCGCCCUCUGCCUCUUCAUCCAAGGUUUCACCCAACUUGUCAUCUGGACCAAAGUCUUCAACGUGAUGAAGACAAUUAACCCCCUUGCAGGCAUUAACGAGGACGAUUAUGACAUCGAAGACGAAAGCGAAGUCACGACAAAGAUCGUGCGAGACAUCUUCGCCAAAAUCGUGCAAAACUUUUUCAAUCUCUUCACACCGCAGUACCUAGCGACGCAGGAAGCAGUCACAGAGUCUCUUGACCAGUUAUCUACUGUCAAUGAUACUUUCUGGGUACCGUUCUUCGAUUACGCUGCGACAGGACAGGGCGAGGACAAACUCAAUGCCACAGAAUUUGAGAUUGCGACGGAAGCUCUCAAGGGGCUUGGAAAUGCUAUGAAGCACGCUCUUCUCGAGAAAUUUAAAAUCAGUCUUGUCAAAGAGGUGGAAGAUUAUAACACAGCUCACAAUAUCACCGAUAUGACCGGCGUGGAACUCGAGGCCGAUCUAUCGAAAAGACUAGUAGAUCGCUUCCAUCUUAUUUUCAACUAUACUUAUAUCGCCGCGGGUGUUUCACUCAUCAUCAUGGUUGGUCUGGCUGCCAUGUCUCGUACAACCCGUUGGAGCAAAUGGGCCAUCGUUCGCCAUACCAUCUUUGUUCUUCUCGGCAUUGGAACAAGUCUCGUCGCCGUAGUCAAAUACAACGACGAACGAGCCGGGAAAUAUCAGACUAGUGGAUGGAUGAUACCCGCCAUCACUCUCGUCUGGGUCACUGUCCUCGUCUUGACUCAUCUUCGCAACCCGCCGCCUCUGUUCUUCAAGGGUAGCAAGUCUUUCUGGAGCAAGAACAAUGACUCGCAGACUUAUAGCCACGUUAUGCCUUCUGAGCAGCAGACCGCAUACAAGGGAGUUCCCAGCACCCAAGUCACUUCCUCGGUGUAG